GCUGCGGGGCGCGCUGGCGCGCUGGGCUGCGGGGCGCGCUGGGGCAGGAGCUGCUCGCGGGCAGAAGGGGCGCGCAGGGCAGGGGCUGCUCGCGGGCAGAGGGGCGCUCGGGGCAGGGGCUGCUCGCGGGCAGCAGGGGCGCUCGGGGCAGGGGCUGCUCACGGGCAGCAGUGGCGCUCGAGGCAGGGUCUGCUCGCGGGCAGCAGUGGCGCUCGAGGCAGGGGCUGCUCGCGGGCAGCAGUGGCGCUCGAGGCAGGGGCUGCUCGCGGGCAGCAGUGGCGCUCGAGGCAGGGGCUGCUCGCGGGCAGCAGUGGCGCUCGAGGUAG